AUGUCCGGCAUGACGACGGAUGGCACGACCAAUGGGAUGAUGAGGGAAGGAGGUAUGUGCCAUCGUGCGCGCGAUCUGGCGUGCUCCGCGGUCCAGCAGCUUGCAGCGUCUGCGAAGUCUCCUCAAUGCUCGAGAGAGUGCUAACUUCCACCAAGAGUCUAUCACCUAUUCCAGUGGCAACGUGGCAGGCGGGCCACCCGACCUGAGAUUCAUUCACUACAAUGAUGUCUACCACGUGGAAGCAGGCUCUCGAGAACCCGUUGGAGGCAUAGCGCGCUUCAAAACUGUCUGCCAAUACUACCAGCACGAUGUAAGCUUCAAGGGCCAACCGGAAGCAUUGACGUUCUUCAGCGGAGACGCAUUCAACCCAUCGCUCGAGAGCUCGGUGACGAAAGGCAAGCACAUGCUAGGUGCUCUCAACGCCGUGGAAACGGCUGUUGCUUGUCUUGGGAAUCAUGACCUGGAUUUUGGAGUUAAGCAGUUCGAAUACCUGGCUGGGCAGUGUAACUUUCCCUGGCUCUGCGCAAACGUCCUCGAUCCGGCUCUAGGCGAAGAUGUCCCUCUCGGCCAUUGCAAGCGCACCAUGAUGCUCACUUCCUCCAAUGGCAUCAAGAUUGGCGUCAUCGGGGUCGUUGAACGGGAGUGGCUAGACACGAUCAACACGCUGCCUCCUAACCUGAAGUAUCUGAGCGCUUCUGCCACGGUAUCAGACCUUGCGCCAAAGCUACGAGCAGAGGGUGCCGAGAUGAUCGUGGUGGUUGCCCAUCAGCGCGAGACAAACGACGUCAAGCUGGCCAACAAGGUGACUCCGGGGACUGUGGACAUCAUUCUCGGUGGACACGACCAUUACUACGCCCAUGAUGUCGUUAACGGCACACAUAUUCUGCGCUCGGGGUCAGAUUUCAAGCAGCUCUCCUACCUGGAAUGCCGGCGGAAGACAGAUGGCAGCAGUGGAUGGGACUUCCACAUCAUUCGAAGGGAUAUUGUGGGCUCCAUACCGCAGGAUCAGGCCGCCGUUGAGAUUGUCGAGAAGAUCACGGCAGCUCUGCGGCCCAAGCUUGAGAAACCGAUGGGAUACACUCUUGCGCCGCUUGAUGCUCGAUUCACCACCGUGCGGCUGAAGGAAUCGAACCUGGGAAACUUUGUUUGCGACCUCAUGAGAUUCCACUACGACGGCGAUUGCUGCAUCAUGGCGGCGGGUACCAUCCGAGGGGACCAGAUCUACCCUCCCGGUGUCUUGAAGGUCAAGGACAUGAUGCGAGUGACUCCGCGCUCAAGGAUUGUUUCAAAGCUGACAGUUGGACAGGAACUGCUUUCCCUUCGAAGACCCGUGCGUUGUCAUCGGAGUUCGGGGCGGCAACAUCGUGAAGGCCCUGGAGAAUAGUGUCUCCAAGUACCCCGCACUCGAGGGCCGUUUCCCCCAAGUAUCGAACAUCACCUUCGCCUUCGAUCCAUCGCGAGCGCCUGGAGCAAGAUGCUACGACAUUUGCAUUGGGGGCAAACCUGUCGAACUUGAACGAGAGUACAAGCUGGUGACCCGCGAUUACAUGGCACGAGGCAAGGAUGGCUUUGAGAGCUUGUUGCUGGCCGGCAAAGGUGGCACGGCACGCAGUAUCGUCAGCGAUGAGAAUGGCAUGCUGAUAUCGAUGAUCCUGCGCCAGUACUUCAUGAGCUUGAAAGUCCUAGGCAAGUGGAAGAAUUGGGGAGCGCACAUGGGACACCACUGGGGCAAGAUCCACGAUGGGUUGCAUGGAGUUCACCCUGUACAAGAGCCGCCGGAGCACUCGGGAGUGGAGAUCUCACAGUUGGCAGCGGAUUCGAAGGUACACGACGAGAAGCUACAGUCGGACGGUGAGACGAGGACAUCUCUGGUCGGUACCGCCCAGCACUCACACCAUGACCUUGCUCAGCGACCUUCGAAAGCUCGGAAGGUAGAGCGACAAGAAUCGGAAGGGCUGUAUUCCGACAGCGAGGAUGACAGCAACGACGUGACGUUGAAUGUGAGCAAUGGCUCUUCGGUGUCGGAAGCAGAACUCAACAUUAUGCGAAAAGUCAUGAAGAAGUGGUGGCGCCUGGCUGGCUUGAAAGGCCAUCCUAACAUGUGUGCCACGAAGGGCGAAGAAUUCGGCGCAUCCUGGACAAAGGGCAUCUGUCCACGAACCGAAGGUCGGAUCAAGAUUGUCGGCGUACCAACGUAG